UGCAGUGAAUUGAGAUGGCGCCACUGCACUCCAUCCUUGGCGACAGAGCAAGACCCCAUCUCAAAACAAAACAUUAAACUGAUUCAGUGAGGAGUCUUCUGAUUUCAAAUGGCAUAAGCGCCUACCCCACCCGGCCUUUGUAGCUGACCAGUCAACCACAGGAGGCCAGCGUCUGAUAGGAUGAGAACACUCUCUAUCUGUCUCCCUUGGUACCAUGGGCUCUGCUCUGCUUUGUCGGAAGGUCCCCCGCCCCAGGCUUCCACUUACACAGCUUGAUCCCCUGGUGGGAAGAGCUCUCCUCUUCGGUGAUUCCAUUGGAAGGGUCAGUCUCCUGGGUCCCUCACCUGGCUAGUCUUGUGGGGGCAGGGAGUGGAGGGGCAGAGGGGUGAGUGAUGCAUGCAGCCAGGGCUGGGGCACCUGGAGUCGAGGGGGCUGAGACUAGGGAGCGGACGUUCUCCAAGAGGAGAUCGGAGAGGAGGUAGGAAUGCUGGGCAGGCCACACCCACAGGGUCUCCAUGCAGCAGCCCCUGGGAAGUCACUGGUGGGACAGAAAUCCAACGAGAUUGAGCUGUUCCCAGCGGAGUCCUCCCCCACUGUUUCCGGUCUGAAACCCUGCAGUCUUUUGCCUGGACUAGUGCAGUAGCUGCCACCUGGGCUCCACCAGGCAGUGCGGUGGGGCCUGUAAAUGAAGCACCUCUCUCACUCGGAGUCCAGCUGGGAAUUCUCCCUAGACCAUGGGCUCUGUGCCAUCUGUCCCUACCAGCCUCUCGGAUUGUCCCCGGCACGCCUCGUAGCGGGCUCCAGCUUUUUGCUCCAACGAUGCGUCUUGUUCUUGACCACCCUCCUUUAAAAAGAGCUCCUUGCCACCCCCCCAGCCCCUGCUUUGAUCUUGCUUUGUGUGUCCAUCAGUCCACGGACAUGCGUCUGUGCCCCCAUUCCAAUCCCAGCUCCAGGAGGGUAGACACUUGGUCAACCCUCUUUGCCUCUGUAUCUAGAACGUGCUUGUCACAGAAUGGGUGCAUAAUCAACAUCCUGCUUAAUGAAGAAAUCAAUUCAUGUCCCUCCCUCGGGAUGUGGAUGGUGAUGAGUAGGUGGGCAGCCUGCUGGCCAGAGGCCGAGAUAUCAUCUUAUUUACUCGGGACCUGCUUGGGCACUCAGCAGGUGGCAAAAGCGUCUUCUGCAGGUUGCUUAAACUUGCCGGGCGGGUACUUCUUUGCUUCAGGCCUGUGUCAGGGAAGCAGCAUUGCCAAAUCAAGCCAGUGAUAGGGUGCAAAAGGCUGGCAGUAUGGGGCCCUGGGUGGGGCUGUCUGUCUGCAUGGGUGGGGGCAGGGUGAUUAGGAGUGGGAAGUGGGGACAGAAGACAGGGGCUAGCUCCCUCCCCCGGCCUUUCACUUAUCAGGCUGGAUCAGCUCUCUCUGGCACGAAGCCCUCACUGUGGACUGCCCUUUCCCCUGGGGCCUGCGGGCAGGGUUCCCCAGCCACUGAGACUGCGAGUUAGCUGCAGGCUUGCCCUGAGCAGUGCUGUGAUCUGUGUGCUGUGUAUCUGUGUGUUUGCAAGGGAGGCUGCCACCUCCUGGGGCCUGGGUACCAGUGGGGAAGGAAGUGGCAGGGGAAGCCAUUCAGGGGCUUUCCAGGAACGACGGAGAGACGGGAAGUCAAAAUGAAAGAGAUGCGCUGGCAGCUGAGCGAACAGCUGCGCUGCCUGGAGCUGCAGGGUGAGCUGCGGCGGGAGCUGCUGCAGGAGUUGGCAGAGUUCAUGCGGCGACGCGCCGAGGUGGAGCUGGAGUACUCCCGGGGCCUGGAAAAGCUGGCGGAGCGUUUCUCCAGCCGCGGAGGCCGCCUGGGGAGCAGCCGGGAGCACCAAAGCUUCAGGAAGGAGCCUUGCCUCCUGUCACCCUUGCACUGCUGGGCAGUGCUGCUGCAGCACACGCGGCAACAGAGCCGGGAGAGCGCGGCCCUGAGCGAGGUGCUGGCCGGGCCCCUGGCCCAGCGCCUGAGUCACAUUGCUGAGGACGUGGGGCGCCUGGUCAAGAAGAGCAGGGAUCUGGAGCAGCAGCUGCAGGAUGAGCUCCUGGAGGUGGUCUCAGAGCUCCAGACGGCCAAGAAGACGUACCAGGUGUAUCACACAGAGAGCGUGAAUGCUGAGGCCAAGCUCCGGGAGGCCGAGCGGCAGGAGGAGAAGCGGGCAGGCCGGAGUGCACCCACUGCCACCGCUGCGGCCACUGAGGCAGGGCCCCUCCGCAAGACCUCCCUCAAGAAGAGUGGGCGGCUGGUGGAGAAGCGGCAGGCCAAGUUCAUGGAGCACAAACUCAAGUGCACAAAGGCACGCAACGAGUACCUGCUGAGCCUGGCCAGCGUCAACGCCGCCGUCAGGAACUACUACCUGCGUGACGUCUUGGACCUCAUGGACUGCUGCGACACAGGGUUCCACUUGGCCCUAGGGCAGGUGCUCCGGAGCUACAUGGCUGCUGAGAGCCGUGCCCAGGCCUCUCAAGUGCAGGGCCUGGGCAGCCUGGAAGAAGCCGUGGAGUCCCUGGAUCCUCCAGGAGACAAGGCCAAGGUGCUCGAGGUGCACGCUAUCGCCUUCUGUCCCCCACUGCGCUUUGAUUACCAGCCCCACGACGGGGAUGAGGUGGCUGAGCUCUGCAUUGAAAUGGAGCUGCGGGAUGAGAUUCUGCCUAGAGCCCAGAACAUCCAGAGCCGCUUGGACCGACAGACCAUUGAGACAGAGGAGGUGAACAAGACACUGAAGGCGACGCUGCAGGCCCUGCUAGAGGUGGUGGCCUUGGACGACGGGGAUGUGCUCGACUCCUUCCAGGCCAACCCCUCCACCGAGUCCCUCAAGUCCACCAGCUCAGACUCAGGCAACCGGCAGGCAGGCCGGAGGCGUGGCCAGCAGCAGGAGACUGAGACCUUCUAUAUCACGAAACUCCAGGAGUAUCUGAGUGGACGCAGCAUACUUGCCAAGCUGCAGGCCAAGCACGAGAAGCUGCAGGAGGCCCUUCAGCGAGGUGACAAGGAGGAGCGGGAAAUGUCUUGGACCCAGUACACGCAGAGAAAAUUCCAGAAGAGCCACCACCCUCGCCCCAGCUCCCAGUAUAACCAGAGACUCUUUGGGGGAGACAUGGAGAAGUUUAUCCAGAGCUCAGGCCAGUCUGUGCCCCUGGUGGUGGAGAGCUGCAUUCGCUUCAUUAACCUCAAUGGCCUGCAGCACGAAGGCAUCUUCCGGGUGUCGGGUCCCCAGCUCCGGGUCUCAGAGAUCCGUGAUGCCUUCGAGAGAGGGGAGGACCCGCUGGUGGAAGGCUGCAGUGCCCACGACCUGGACUUGGUGGCUGGGGUGCUGAAGCUCUACUUCCGGAGCCUGGAGCCCCCACUCUUCCCCCCGGACCUGUUCAGCGAGUUGCUGGCUUCUUCGGAGCUGGAGGCCACAGCAGCACGGGUGGAGCAAGUGAGCCGCCUGCUGGGGCGUCUGCCGGCGCCAGUCCUGGUGGUUCUGCGCUACCUCUUCACCUUCCUCAACCACCUGGCCCAGUACAGCGAUGAGAACAUGAUGGACCCCUACAACCUGGCCGUGUGCUUUGGGCCCACGCUGCUGCCCGUGCCCGCUGGACAGGACCCGGUGACGCUGCAGGGCCGGGUGAACCAGCUGGUGCAGACGCUCAUAACGCAGCCCGAUCGGGUCUUCCCACCCCUAACUGAGCUGCCUGGCCCCGUCUACGAGAAGUGCAUGGCACCACCUUCCACCCGCUGCCUGGGGGACGCCCCGCUGGAGAGCCUGGGGGCAGACAAUGAGCCGGAGCUGGAAGCGGAGACACUGGCCCAGGAGGAUGACCUGGACGGGGUCGUGGAGGCUGUGGCCUGCUUUGCCUACACGGGCCGCACGGCCCAGGAGCUGAGCUUCCGGCGUGGGGAUGUGCUGCGGCUGCACGAGAGGGCAUCGAGCGACUGGUGGUGGGGAGAGCACGAGGGCGCACGGGGCCUCAUUCCCCACAAGUACAUCACGCUGCCUGCGGGGGCAGAGAAGCAGGAGGUGGGCGCAGGCGUGCAGACUGCAGGUGACUCGGAGAGCAGCCCCGAGGGCCUCCUGGCAUCAGAGCUGGUCCACCGGCCAGAGCCAUGCACCUCACCCGAGGCCAUGGGACCCCCUGGACACAGGCGACACUGCUUGGUCCCAGCCUGUCUGGAGCAACAUGUGGAGGUUGAUAAGGCUGUGGCGCAGAACAUGGACUCUGUGUUUAAGGAGCUCAUGGGAAAGGCCUCUGCCCGCCAGGGCCUCGGACCAGCACCUGCCACCUCUCCCAGCCCUGGGCCCCGAAGCCCAAAGGCCCCGGUCAGCAGCCGCCUGGGCAGGAACAAAGGCUUCUCCCGGGGCCCUGGGGCCCCAGCCUCACCCUCAGUGUCCCAGCCCCAGGACCUGGACUCCACCCCCAAACCACACUGAGGUGCUGGGCCAGCCACUCUCCCCAGCCCCCUUGCUUCACUCCAGCCCUUUCCAGCAAGUGCAGGGUUCCUGCACUUCACCCUGUGCAGAGAGGUGGGAUGAGGCCACUGUAUAGGGAUGCCCACCCCAUACCCUGCCUGCCCCUCAGCCCUGGCCCAGGCCUCUUUGGGAGGCAGCUGAGGAAGGAGGCUGGGGAAACCCUCUUCUGCGGCCUUGAGGAGGGCUGGUCAGUGGCUGCUGGGUGGCGGGCGCCCUUGCUCAGAUGCCUGGCAGCACUGCGUUGUGAUUCAUAAAGACCUAUGUGUUGACUCCCUGA